AAGAAGUUUAUUCUUUGCAAUUCCUCGCAUAAAAAUGAAGUUUAUCGCAGUGCUAUGUUCAUUUUGGUUGGCUGUCAGCUGCAAUGCUGCUGAUCAGUGGGUUACACUAGAUUUCACAAACCCGGAUGCUUCUCGAAUACAGAUAGUUGAGAGAGUAUCGUAUGGUGUAACAAGCAAAGAUUUCGUUCCAAAUUCGGGGUUCCGUGUAGAAAAGGUAACUUCUGGUAAUGUCACAUUAUGGGAUGGUAAGAAGGAGGAGUGGUGUGCUUCUACUCAUUACCAUAACAGGGAUGAGGUCCAUCUACUUCACUUGGAAACUAAGGACGGAACUUUUGAUGAGAGUGUAUGCUUUGAGAAGAAUUCUGAUGGAUCAUGGAAGAAGAUCGAUAAAAUGGUCUUCCAGAAUAAGCUAAAACAGAUAAGCCACGGUUCAGCAACUGCUUACGAUAUGCAUGAUGUCAAAGCACAGGAGAGAAAGGCGCGGGAACGGGCUACAAAGUAGGCUUAUCAGUAAUAAUGAGGAUAAAUGUUUGUACUACACACUAUACCAGUGGCAUGCAGCCGCUGUAAAACAUCAUCCGAGGAUCAAUUUGAAAACUCUGAGAAUCAUAACCACGCACGAAAUGAUACAGAAUUUCUAAAACUAUUCACGGAUUUCCACAUAAAGCAAUGUAGUUGUCGGAAAUGACAUUUGACUUAAAAUGGCAGUGACCUUUUGUCUGCAAAAUUUGCGACAAUAAAUUUACACAACACACCG